UUUGUGUAGUUUUUACCCCUAGUCGCAAGGAAAUCCCCAGCAGGCGCAGUCUCGUGUCUCUAGCAAUGUGUUUGUUUCUGUCAUUUCCUUAAUCUCCAGGGAAGUUGCGUUUCCUCUCAGUUCGGCUCUUCAGCCCAUAAACGCGUGAGGUCCUUGCACUCACUGCAGCAGGUUAAGGCACCAUGAUCUGGUUAUUCUUCACUCUCUUGACUCUCCAGCUUCUCCGGGUCACUGAAGCAUAUUUUGAUUGCCAAAACCCCAGGCAGCACGUCAUGGCCCAGGAGAAGACCGACGCCUUGUUGCCUUGUUGGUUUAUGUGGUACGGGAAACCUUAUGAAGACUGGAAAGUGGUUUGGCAGAAGGAAGAAGAGGGGCAGGAGGAUGAGCUGGUGGUGCACUAUCAGAAUGGAGCAGAUCGGGACGACAAGCAGAACCCACACUUCAGAGGUAGAACCUUCAUCAGGAAGGGUUGGUUUGAGCACCACGAUGCCACUCUUACGCUCUCUAGGGUCUCCGACAGUGACUCUGGCACAUACAAAUGUUACCUGAUGGGCAUCCCAGUAGGACCCGGACCCAUGAUUCCAUGCUGCAGAGUCACACUUGAAGUGCGUCAGGCACAGACGGAAGAGAAAAAAGGGUUCAGCAGAGAGAUCUACAUCUGCUUUAUUGUCUGGACAUUAAUCAGCUCGGCAGCACUUCUAUACGUCGUCGUUAAAGCCCCUGGGAAGAAGCUGACAAUCACUUUCUUCCUAGUCUUGACCUUCAUCUUGGGGACCAUGUUGGUGUAUUUCAUUAACAAAGGUCAGAAAACAUAACGACUGGAGCUGGAGACGUGGGACAGUUCUGCAGGAAGUUCCGUUGAAGGAUCUGGAUUCGCUUCUCAUUUCAACACUUUCUAUUUAAGGUUUGAAGUGCAACACAUGGAAGCACUAAAGCUGGGAGCCUUGUAUCUAUGGAGUCUUCUGCUUGGCAACCAUCUGGUUAUGAGUUUCCAGAGAUGAUCUGUGGGAGUUACCCGCAAUCAGGCAAAGUUCCACCCCAACCAAACCCCUGUUCCACCCCUGCCUGCUAUUUGGGCAACUGUUGAAUAAUCCUGAUGGGUCGGGGGACUCUGGGUUUCCUUUACUCACUUUAAUGUGAAUGAGCCCCCAAGCGAGUGAGGCAGACGCACCCCCAAACUGAAGCAAAACAAGGGGUUGGGACAUCCAAUGAGAUGAGACUUUCUGGUUUUCUGUGACCCAUAGCAACCAAUCAGAUGUUUCCAUUCAUUAGUCUUAUUGCAUGUGGGUGACCAGAGCUAAUUGCUGAUUGGUUCCAACGGUUAAUAUAUCUCAGGGGCAACAGAGCGGGUCCUUAGUGAGGAAACAGGUAUAUACAGUUAUGGGACCUGUUAUCCAGAAUGCUCGGGACCUGAGGUUUCCAGAUAAUGGAUCUUUCUGUAAU